GAGCGAGUAUAAAAGCUCAGUCGACUGAGUCCAGAUCUCAGAUCUUCAGGAGAACCGUUGAAGCGACGCACACCAGAGUCGGUGACCCUUAGCAUCUUCACCAGAAUUAUGGAGAGCUCUCAGAAUAAAGACACGCAGACAGCGGUUCUGGACAGUGAACUAUCAGAGCAGAUCAAGGCUGUGACUAAAGACGUUCACGUCCGAGCGGAAAACACCGAGCUGAUGCGGAGCUAUCAGAGAGGACAGGUGUCUCUGCAGCAGUAUCAGCUGCUCCUGUGUUCUCUGUAUAAGAUAUACGAGGCGCUGGAGGAGGCGCUGGACAUAAACGCCUCCCACGAAGCCGUGGCACCCAUUUACUUCCCACAGGAACUGGCCCGACUGGAGGCCAUCAAGAAAGACCUGGAGUACUUCUACGGUCAGAGCUGGAGGGAGAAGAUGACGGUGCCCGCCGCGACUCAGAGAUACACACAGAGACUGAGAGAGGUGGGUCGGGAUCACCCCGAGUAUCUGCUGGCUCACGCUUACACUCGCUAUCUGGGUGACCUGUCGGGCGGUCAGGUGCUGGGCCGCAUCACGCAGAAGUCUCUGGGCCUGACGAGCGGACAGGGCCUGUCCUUCUUCUCGUUCCCGAGCGUCAGCAGCCCGAUGCUCUUCAAGCAGCUGUACAGGAGCCGCAUGAACAGCGUGGAGCUGACGGAGGAGCAGCGGAGCGGAGUGCUGCAGGAGGCCCUCCAAGCCUUCGAGCUCAACAUCCAGGUGUUUAAUGAGCUGCAGGAUUCCCUGAGCUGUGUCUCACACACAGAGAACGACGUGAGGCAGAGACACACACGACACACACACAACUCAACAACUACAGCAGCAGCAGCAGCAGGAGGAGUGUGUGAAGCGUCUCUGGUCCCGAGGUUCUUCCGGACGCUGCUCGGUGUGUUCGUGGUUCUGGCCGUCGGGAUGGUCUACGCUUUUUAAACCGGUUUAAUGUCUCUCACGUCAUCAGUACUGUAAAAAACAGCCUCACACUUUUGUAGAAGAUUGUGUUGUUUAAUCAGAUCAUUAAUAAAAAGCAUGUAGUUGUAUGUUUAUCAUCAUAUAGUUAUAAUUCAAAUGUUGAAAUGUCUUUACAAUCAUUUUAUAACCAUGUAAAUAUACCUUUGUAUUAAUACUGUAUUUUUGUAAUAAAAUCUGUUUAAAGAUG